UUUUUUUUUUUUUUUGCUGAAGGAGAGCUUCUCUCACAAACUCAGGGACUUCAGAUUGAAAUAACCCAGUCUCUCCUGAGCAACAGUUGCCCGACACUUCCAGGGCACCUCUGAAAGUAUGGCGUGCGGGCACCAACCAGAUCUGAGUCGAGAAACAAACGAUGUGUUUUCAUCAGAGAAGGAUUGCUGACAGACGACCUCAGAAGUGGACAGAAAUUUGAGGAUAAAACUUUGAGAUUUGUUUUGUACAACUUCGGAUGCAAGGAAAAGAUMGAGAGGACAAACUGAAACGACUCACAGACUAUAUUUAUUUAGUCUGUCUCGUUUUGGAGGAUUUUCACUCUUCAGUGGCGAUACAAAAACUGGUCGUUUUGUGAAUUUGAUCUUUUUGGAAACCAUAGUACCGAAACCUGAGAGGUAUAUUUUUCUUUCAAGACUGUGUGCGAGUCGGAGUUUGGAUUAUGUAAGUGUUUUUUAAAGUUCAGCUUGUGCGAUGCGAGGCUCCGACGCAGCGAGUUGCCUUUCUGUCCUCGGUGCAGACAGGCACAGGAAGGGGCAGACAUGCCUUUCCAUGGCGAUGGGUGGCUGUAGCCCUUUCCCCGUGUGCUGGGUCAGAGAAUAUGACAGACACCUAGCAGCGGCAGUGUCGGCAGGGAAAACCAUGGCAACAGCCUACCUGGAGCCCCACCUGAACAACACCCUCCUAGGCGGCGCCAAGUCGCAGCUGAAUGCUGGGGUAUCGGACCGAACCAUGGCUGGCCCCGUGGACAGGGUUCUGAAAGUCUUCCAUCACUUUGAGAUCAACACUGAACAAAGCUUCUGGUCUACCAAUGUCAGAUAUGGAGAUGCAACUGAUGUCAGGGGGAUCAUCCAGAAGAUCCUGGACAUCCACAAAGUGCGCUGGACUUCCUGUUUCGGCCUUCGCCUCAGCAGCAGCCAAUCCAAAGACCAGGUGCACUGGCUCCACCCAGAUAUGGGCGUGUCUCACAUCAGAGAGAAAUACGAACAAGCUCGUCCCAACGAGGAAUGGAGGUACGAGCUAAGGAUUCGAUAUCUACCAAAAGGCUUUGUGCAGCAGUUUACAGAAGACAAACCUUCACUUAACUGCUUCUAUCAUCAGGUGAAGAAUGACUACAUGACCCAAUAUGGGGAUAAAGUGGAACAAGAUGUAGCUCUAAAGUUGGGUUGCCUAGAAAUCAGGAGGUUUUUUAAAGAGAUGAGAGGAAACGCCCUGGACAAGAAAUCCAACUAUGAACUACUGGAAAAGGAUGUUGGUUUGAGGCGUUUUUUUCCAAAAGAUCUGUUGGACUCUGUCAAGGCUAAAACUCUCCGCAAGCUGAUUCAGCAAACCUUCAAACAGGUCGCCAAUCUCAACGACGAGCAGUGCAUCCUGAAGUUCUUAGAGACACUCGCGCCGAUCUACCGCUACGACAAGGAGUUCUUUAAAUGUGCCCUCGGGUCCAGCUGGGUGAUCCAGGUAGAGUUGGCCAUCGGGCCAGAAGAAGGGAUCAGUUACCUCACUGAUAAAGGGUCAACACCCACACAUCUAGCCAAUUUUAACCAAGUGCAGUCCAUCCAGUACUCAGCUAUGGAGGAGAAAGACAGGAAAGGCAUGCUGCAGCUGAACGUAGCCGGUGCUGCUGAGCCUCUCACUGUCACCACAGCAUCGCUCACCAUGGCGGAGAACUUAGCAGACUUGAUUGACGGCUACUGUCGCCUCGUCUCAAUGGAAACCCACUCAUUUAUUGUCAGAGUUCAGAAAGAGGGAGAGAGAGCUCUGCCUUCCCUCCCAAAACUGUCUAAUAAUGAGAAAAAGUUAGAAGCAGUCAGGAGUGGAGUUCGAGCGAUCUCUGUCUCAGAAACUGAUGACUAUGCAGAAAUAGUUGAUGAAGAGGACACAUACACCAUGCCCUCCACGCGGGACUACGAGAUCCAGAGGGACCGGAUAGAGUUAGGUCGUUGCAUCGGAGAGGGUCAGUUUGGCGAUGUUCACCAAGGAGUCUACAACAGCCCAGACAAGCCGUCUCUAAAUGUUGCCAUUAAAACUUGUAAAAACUGCACCACAGACAGUGUCAGAGAAAAGUUUCUUCAAGAAGCCUURACGAUGCGUCAGUUUGACCACCCUCACAUCGUGAAGCUGAUCGGCGUGAUCACAGAAAAUUGCGGUCAUUCCUUCAAGUUAAGAAGUACAGUCUGAACUUGGCAACGCUCAUUCUGUACGCCCAUCAGCUCAGCGCUGCGUUGGCCUACCURGAGAGCAAACGCUUUGUACACAGAGACAUCGCAGCGCGUAAUGUGUUGGUUUCCACUGUUGACUGCGUGAUGCUCGGAGACUUCGGCUUGUCUCGAUACAUGGAGGACAGCUCCUACUACAAAGCUUCUAAAGGUAAACUUCCUAUCAAAUGGAUGGCUCCUGAAUCAAUCAACUUCCGAAGAUUCACCUCRGCCAGCGAUGUGUGGAUGUUUGGUGUGUGUAUGUGGGAAAUCUUGAUGUACGGCAUCAAGCCCUUCCAGGGYGUGAAGAACAACGAUGUGAUUGGCCGAAUAGAGAACGGCGAACGGCUGGCGAUGCCCCCUCAGUGUCCCCCCACYCUCUACAGCUUGAUGACCAAAUGCUGGUCGUACGACCCGAGCAAGAGGCCACGAUUCACCGAACUCAAAACACAACUCAGUACCAUACUGGAGGAGGAGAAGGUCCARCAAGAGGAGAGACUUCGAGUGGAGAUGAGAAGACAAGUCAUUGUUCCCUGGGACUUUCCUGGUGUUUCCGAAGCWCCACCUAAACCGAGUCGACCAGGUUACCCCAGUCCACGCACCAGUGAAGGUUUCUUUUCCAGCCCGCAGCACAACCACUUCCAGUCGUCCGUUCAUAGCGGUGUCGGUGGAGUCGGAGGCAGCUACCCGCCCUCAGAUUCCUGGAAUCAGCACCGAUCUGAACACACGGCGCUGUGGAGCUCCGGCAUGGAGGACAACGGCUGCGYCAGCCAGGCUCUGAUGGAGGACAGGCUGAUGCAGCAGCAGCAGCAGAUGAAGGACGACCAGCGGUGGCUCGAGCAGGAGGAGAGCCUCAUGAAAGCAGAAUCCAGAAACAGCAGAGGAAGCAUCGACAGGGAGGACGGCACACUACAAWCACCGGGUGGAAGUCAACACAUCUAUCAGCCUGUCGGGAAACCAGAACAUGUAGCCCCGCCUAAAAAGCCRCCCCGCCCUGGAGCUCCUGGUCACCUGACCGGUCUCUGCCCUGUGGACAACUACAACGAGGGGGUGAAGCCGUGGAGGUUGCAGCCGCAGGAGAUCAGCCCACCCCCGACAGCGAACUUGGACCGCUCCAACGACAAAGUGUACGAGAACGUGACGGGGCUGGUUAAAGCUGUGAUCGAGAUGUCGAACAGGAUCCAGCCCGCCGCGCCCGAGGAGUACGUCCCCAUGGUGAAGGAUGUGGGUCUGGCUCUGAGGACGCUGCUGGCCACGGUGGAUGAAACAAUCCCGGUGCUGCCCACGAGCACACACAGAGAGAUUGAAAUGGCUCAGAAGCUGCUGAAUUCAGAUCUGGCAGAAUUAAUAGCCAAGAUGAAGCUGGCACAACAGUACGUCAUGACGAGUUUACAAAAGGACUACAAGAAACAGAUGCUGAUGGCGGCUCACGCUCUGGCAGUCGACGCCAAGAACCUGCUGGACGUCAUCGACCAAUCACGACUCAAAAUGAUCAACCAGAUCCGCCCACAUUAGUCCAGGACGRGAUCCAGACAAAGGUUUCAGCUGCUGGACAGGUUUAAAGCGUUUGAACGGUGGACAGAGCCGCGCGUGGACUUUACGUUGGGUUUCUGUGACGGACGGAUGAAAACGAGGAGCGGACAGAAACAAUCAGCUCUGUGGGAAUCAUUCACAGCUUCUCUUCUUUCKGGAAACACUCGUGUUCGGGUCGAUGUUGUAUUUUCUACUUCACUGACACGUCUCCAGAGGGGGGAAAAAAAACAAACAAACUUUUCUCUCGUCUUCUCUUUAUUUUGGAAAUCAUCCAUCACUCCCGUUAAAAUCUGAAGAAAGCAGAUGGAUUAAAGACGCUCGGACACAUGAAUAAAACUCUAACAGAAACUGGAACUGAAACUCCAGCUUGAAAACGAUAUUAAUAAUGAUGGACUUUGUAAACAUGCUUUUUUAAAACUUUAUUAUUAUUGUUUUCUGUCCRUUAAACUUUCAAGUCUUCCCUUUGAAUCCCUGUACUGUGGUAACAUCUCAUUCCUCCCUUUAAAGAUCUCUAUCUCAGGUGGCACGGAAGCAGAAUUGUUUUUAAAACUCUAUAAUGGACAAAACAGACGCCACUUUUUAAGUUAAUUUACAUAAAAAUACAGAGCUUUAUAUUUAACACAUUUCUAUUGAGGGCAGAGUGAAGUGGGACUUUGUUUAAAAAUACAGCGAGGUUUACAUGCAUCUUGUUUAAAUGUCCAAAUAAAGCUCAAUACAAGAUGUUCAGUAGCUGCUAAGCUGUAAUUUCAUUAAUAUUUUAUGAAAAACUUGGUCAUUUGAACAGUUAAAAGCCAUAUUUAAUAAUAUAUCAGUAAGCAUGAGGGCUCUUUGUCCAAAUUUCCAUCAACCUUCAACACAAAUKUUUGGAUACAUUCUGUUUGUUUUUACUGUUUUCUAAAUGUAUUUAAACUGCAGAACAAAAAGCUAAUUUAAUCACAUUUUUAUUUGUUGUGGUUGAUUGGAAUUAAAGUUAAUUGCAACGACUUCACCGUAAACACACGGGACAAAUUGUAUUUCAAGAACGUUUAAACAAGAACAGCUUUUAAUAAGAUAAUCGUUAUUUGGAUGGUUGAUAGCUGUAAUGAGUUUGAUUUAGUGGAUUGUGAUGUAAAAUAUUUCUCGUGUUUUUCUACCCCAUUUCUCCACCUUCCUUCAUUAGAGUUAUUUAUAUAUUUUAUUUCUGUUCUCCAUCCUUCCCACCACUCUCCCUGGUUUCCUCAGUUCUCUCUCUCCUGUGGUGAGCAGGAUUGUCAGGAUGGAGACAUCUGUAUAGUUGCUAAAACGAGCAAAUAAAACACUGUUAUUAAGAAGAAGCUGUUAUUUU